GGGUGUAUGGUGAACUGUCACUACUGUCAGACUAAAAAAAAGCCCAAAAUCAAAAACAUGUUAAAAUUUAAUUUGUAACAUAAGUUGUUGACUUAUUUUGUGAAAAAAAUGUUAUAAUAAGUGACUGGUUAAAACCUAGCAAGUGUUCGAUCCAUUAUCCAAGGCUGCUAAUAAUAACAUAACCUAAAAUGGCUACAAAGAUACUGAGGGCUCUUUUGCGUACAAAACCAUCAUCGGUUAUGAUAAAGAGAUUCGAAAAUACUGAAAAAACAGUGACAGUGUAUGACCCUUUUGGAAAUAAGCCAUCGAAAGACAAAACAACGUAUUUACAGGUUAUAAAAAUGUUCGAGGAACGAGACACAAGACGAAGAGGUCAUGUCGAAUUUAUUUACGCCGCUAUGGCUAGAAUGAAGGAGUUUGGUGUACAAAAAGACCUAGAAGUUUAUAAGGCUUUAAUAGACGUGUUACCCAAAGGAAAAUUUAUUCCUACAAACAUUUUCCAGGCUGAGUUCAUGCAUUAUCCAAAACAGCAACAGUGUGCUGUCGAUUUGUUAGAGCAAAUGGAGGACAAUGGAGUAAUGCCAGACAGUGAGGUAGAACAAAUGCUUCUAAAUAUAUUUGGUAGGCGAGGUAUUCCAUUAAGAAAAUUCUGGAGAAUGUUAUAUUGGAUGCCUAAAUUCAGGAAUCUUACCCCAUGGUAUCUUCCACCAGAAUUGCCAAAUGAUACUCUGGAAUUGGCAAGGUUGGCAAUACAAAGAAUCACUUCUGUCGACCCUGGCACAGCUGUAGAUGUCUGGCAGACAGAAGAAAUAGAAGCAUCGCUAGACAAGACAUGGAUAGUGUCUGGUCAGAGUGACAGCCAAAAGGUUUUGCUAGAGGAACAGCCACCAGAUGAAGCUCUAGUCAUAAAGGGUCCUUAUCAAGUCUAUUUAAGGGAUCAAGCAGUCACCUACUUCACUCUUCUAGGAAAAAUUAGAGAGGAAAUAAAAGAUGAUACUGACCCUGAUGAUGUUUCCAACAUUGAAAAGCCUCCAGGUAUACCUGGCAUAGGAAGUACAAAGUUACCAUCUGUCAAGUGCACUGUUCAUGAGCAAGAUGAUGGUACCGUUGUUGCAAUUUGUGCUACUGGUACUUCAUCAAGGGAUUCUCUACUAUCAUGGAUUAGAUUACUGGAAAAAAAUGGAAACCCAGUUUUAUCUAGAAUACCUGUAAUAUUCACACUAACUGCACCUCCUUCGGAUAUAUCAAUACAAGAAACUCAGCCUCAAAGAGAUGAAAGUAAUGUUAGUUAACUGCUAGUGCAAUGUGUAUUUUAUUGUGAAAUGUAAAUAAAUGUUAUAGUUAA